CUUACUGCAACCUGUUGCCCAAUUGCGAACUUGCUGAGGAUCCAGCUGGUUGUCUCAAAGUCUGCUCUCUUCACUCAUUUUAUCCGCAGUGCAAAUCGGCCUUGUAGCCAUUCGUCAGGUGAAACUUCUGCAAUUAUAUAUAUAAAAAAGAACUCUAAGCUCACAUCAUGUCAAAAGGCACCGUGGUUCUGGCUUACAGCGGUGGACUGGACACUUCCUGUAUCCUGGUGUGGCUGAAGGAGCAAGGAUAUGAUGUCAUCGCCUACCUGGCUAAUAUUGGCCAGCAGGAGGACUUUGAGGCAGCACGGCAGAAGGCAGAGGCACUUGGAGCAAAAAAGGUGUUCAUUGAAGACCUGCGGGAGGAGUUUGUGACAGCCUUUAUCUGGAUGUCUGUCCAAGCCAACGCCAUCUAUGAGGACCGCUAUCUUCUGGGGACGUCCAUCGCACGGCCCUGCAUUGCUCAGCGGCAGGUUCAAAUCGCUAAACAGGAGGGGGCGCAGUUCGUCUCCCACGGCGCCACGGGAAAGGGCAACGAUCAGAUUCGAUUUGAACUGACGUACUACGCCAUUUAUCCAACCGUACAGAUCAUCGCCCCCUGGAGGAUCCCAGAGUUCUACAAUCGCUUCAAAGGCAGGAAAGACCUGAUGGAGUAUGCGCAGAAAAAUGGCAUUCCGGUUCCUGUCACCCCCAAGGCUCCGUGGAGCAUGGAUGCCAACCUGAUGCACAUCAGCUAUGAGUCCGGGAUCCUGGAGAACCCAAAGAACCACGCCCCCUCUGAUCUCUUCAUGAUGACCAAGAAUCCACAAGAUUCUCCCAACACUCCAGACAUGCUGGAGAUCGAGUUCAGCAAAGGUGUCCCAGUCAAGGUGACUCAUCUGACGGAGGGGAAGUCGGUGGACACGGCCCUGCAGAUUUUCACAUACCUCAAUGAGAUCGGCGGGAGACACGGCGUCGGCCGCAUCGAUAUAGUGGAGAACCGUUUCAUCGGCAUGAAGUCCCGGGGCAUCUAUGAAACUCCUGGAGGCACCAUCCUGUUCCACGCUCACCUGGACAUCGAGACUUUCACCAUGGACCGGGAGGUUCGCAAGAUCAAGCAGGGCCUGGGGGUCAAGCUGUCAGAACUCCUUUACAAUGGUUUUUGGUACAGCCCCGAGUGUGAGUUUGUACGCCACUGCAUCACCAAGUCCCAGGAGAACGUGGAAGGGAAGGUGCAGCUCUCGGUCUUCAAGGGGCAGGUGUACAUCCUGGGCAGGGAGUCCCCCAAGUCCUUGUACAACGAGGAGCUCGUCAGCAUGGACAUCCAAGGAAAUUAUGACCCUUGCGAUGCUUCGGGAUUCAUCAAGAUCAACGCCGUCAGGCUGAAGGAGUACAACAGGCUGCAGAGUCAGGCUGACUCCACGAACUGAGAGGUCAGUGGGGGGUCAGAGAGUCCUCAUGCUGCCCCUGACUGUCACCUCAUGCCACCAUGUGCCAGGAACCUGCCAGGCCCUGCUACCCACUUUCCCGUCAUCCUCACCCUGUCUCUGGUUGCUAUGCUGUAGUAGUACAAUGUUGUCAAGGAUCUUACGGAAUAAAGGAAUUAGUGGUUUAAUAAA